UAUUAUUAAAUUAAGAUUUUUGUAGAAUUUUUAGAUUAUGAUGAAGUUGUAUUUAUAUAGACUCACAUUUUUUUAAAUUUACAGGUUAAACCAACUUUUUGAUUAAGAAAUAUUGUUAUUAAACACUGAAAAUUACGAUAGUUUACUAGUGAAUAGAUGUCGGACAAAUGUGAUUCGGAUAUCUUGGCACGAGUAAUAUGUUGAAAGCUGCAUACAGAAAUGAUUGACACUGAUAUAAUGUAUACACAAAACAGUAAGAAGUCAUUUACUGCUUAUAAACUCAAGGGCAGACUUCUUGCUAUAAUGACUGUUAUUGGAACUGUUGGAUUUAUCUUGUUUAUGACUCAGUUUUACAGCACAGAUAGACAGCCAAAGAUUGAGUUUUCAUUAGCUUCUGAACUUGGAAAAGGAUUAUACAUUGAAGGAACUGCUGCACCAACUGUUAGCAAUAAACAGAAGAAAGACAUAUAUGCAAUAGUAUUUGAUGCAGGAAGCACUGGCUCAAGAGUGCAUGUCUAUAAAUUUCAAACUAGCCCUGAUAAGCCACUUGAACUCUUACAUGAGACUUUUGAAGAAGUUAAACCAGGUCUUUCAUCUUAUGCUGCAGAUCCAUUAAAGGCAGCUUACAGUCUAGAAGGGAUGGUUAACACUUGUGUAAAAGAAAUACCUAAAGAUUUACAAGCAAGCACACCAAUUAUACUGAAGGCAACAGCUGGAUUAAGACUUCUGCAGGAAGGUCAGGCAGACAAUAUUCUGAAUGAGGUGACAGCCUAUCUGAAGAAAUUUCCAUUCAGGCUGGUAGACAAUGGAAUUGGUAUAAUGGAUGGGGUAGAUGAAGGUGUGUUCAGUUGGAUAACAGUAAACUUCAUGCUAGGGUUAUUAUCUGAUAGUGGACAUCCUGCCCCAGCACUAGAUCUUGGAGGUGGAUCUACGCAGAUAACAUUUGUGCCAACUAAACAGGAGACAUUAAACAAUUUGCCAAGUGAAUUUAUGAAAACUGUAAACCUGUUCCGACAUGAAUACAAGUUAUAUACACAUAGCUACCUUGGCUUUGGGUUGAUGUCCGCUCGAUUUACACUCACUGGAGGAGACAAACAUAAAGAUGACAGUCCUGGUAGUUUUUAUCUAACCAGUGUUUGUAUACCUCCAGGGUACAUGGGAAACUAUACACAUUCUGGUAACGUUUAUCAACUCAGGGGAACAUCAUCAAGUCAGUUUUCAUACGAGGAAUGUGAUAAAGAGAUGAAGAAAUUAAUAGUUGAUCAGAUCAGACCAGUGGCAGAGCUGUCUGGAAAUGAUCUAUACCUCUUCUCUUAUUUCUUUGACAGAGCAGUAGAGGCCAAUCUCAUAGACAAAUCAGGAGGUGUUAUAUCAACUGGCAAUUUUAAAGAAGCUGCAGUUAAAGCAUUCAAAUCUCCAAACGUGAAGAUGCCAUUCCAGGCGUUAGAUCUGACAUAUAUUUAUUCACUACUACAUGAUGGCUACAAUAUAUCAGAUUCUACACAAAUACAUUUGAAAAAGAAGAUCAAUGCUGUAGAAGUUAGCUGGGGUCUCGGUGCUGCAUUCCAAUUACUUGCUCAAGUUGGCCUUGUUAGAUAACACCUGUUCAAAUAUAGAAACUGUCUGAUCAAUUACAAGUGAUUCAAGAUUUUGAAAAGAAAUCUUUUUUCUUUGGAGUCUAAAUAUUUAUCAUACUUUAGGUUGUUUACUUUUGAGAAUGCUUUUAAAUGAAGUAUUGAUGUACAUAGAUGGUCUGGACUAUAAGCUCAAAUAUUCCUUUAAGGAAUCAUGAUGUGAUGCUAGUCAAUGUAGUUUUUACAUACAUGAUUGUCAAUAUAUCUGCCAUCUCGAGUAACAUAUUUAAUAGAUCUAGAAGUAUUUCUUGUUUGAUUAUUUUGUAUGUUGUUAAAUACUGUGGGAAAUUAGUUUUAUCUCUGGGUAUCAUACCAUUCUAUUAUUAGAAGUAUCAUGACAUUAUAUUAAUCUAUUUAAGGUUUUAUUAUAUGCUCUGUGACAUAUUUAAAAUGAUUAUUUUUUGUAAUUCAGAAAGACUUUGAAUUUAAACUUACAUAGCAUUUCCAAAGUUCCUGAAGUAUGGUAUUAAUUUUUAAGUACUAGUAUUGACUUUUUUUUAGUAAUAUCACAUGAAAACUUAAGUUUUGACUUUUUUCAUCAAUCACAGACACUUGGUGGUGGGAGGGGUUUGGGUGGUCAGAUGUUGAAAGUGAACCAAACAAAGUUUAUGAUUGAGACAGAUGUUCCACUUGUGUUAAAAUGUUAUUAUUUACAAUAACAGAGAAAAUAAGGUUACCCCUGUGUAUCUGUGUUGUCUUUUACAUGUACCCUUUAUCAAACUUACUUUUCAGUACAUCAGGAGAUUUUGCCUUUCAAUUUAUAAUUUGUUAUAUUUUUAUUUUAUUUUCACAUUUUUCAUAGCUGGUUGUUGAUAUAAUGUAAAUUUAUACUCAUUUUGUCAAACAGUUGUUAUCUUUCUUUCUUUACAACAUGUUUGGGCAAUAUUUAUGAACAAGUCUGUGUUCAGUUUUUUGCACACCAGCUUGUAUUCCAUUAAUGUAAAGUAUGAGAGACGAACAACAAAUCAACUUGGAGAUUGAGCACUGCUAUGUAUUGUUCUUAUAUGUAAUUUUUGUUGAAUCCAUUAUACACCUUAAAGUUAUCAUGACCAAAGCUCUUUCACUGCCUGAUUAAUUUAUGUAGGUUAUGUGUCAUAUGCAGUGUCUAUUCUAGGAUUUGAAAAACGGGGGAUUUUUGUCAAAAAGUGAGAAUUUAUUACAUUUGUUGAUUUUUUUCCUUCUUUCUCUAUGUAAAAUUUCCCCCCUGCCUCUGAAAAAAGUAGGAGGGAAUACUCAAAAAUAUGGAUGAAUCCCCCAUCCCCCCUCCUAGAAUAGACACUGCAUAUGUAAAACUUGGUAUAUUUGUAUGAUAAUAUUGCAAGGGAUUUAAGGGUUAUCAUUUAUUGUACAUAUUUGUUUUUUCUGAAAAAGUGUUCUUUUUGUUCACAAAUACAUCAUUUUUAUGCUAUCCAAUUUUUAAGGAGUUGUAUUUCUAUUAUGCCUUGCAUUUAGAAAAAAAUGUGUUUCUUUAUGGAUUGAUGCACCUAUUUGUAAACUUAGGUAUAUAUUUUGCUAUUGAAAUGUUAGGCGGUCAAAUCAAUGGAAAUCUAUUUGUGAACAUCAAUUAAAAAUAUUUCACUUGUUAAUGAUGAUGACACGAUAAAUUGUAUAUGAUGUUCACAACAUCGAGUUGUUAUGUUGUUUAGCUAGACUAUUUGAGGAAUAUUGAUUGCUGGCACACCUUAGUUAAAUUGUUUAUAGCAGCGUUUGAAUUUACAACUUCAUCAUAAUGGCAAAUGAUGUCAUCCUAAGAACGCAAUUCAUUCAUAAAAGGCGCUUGUGAAAGAUAUCAUUUAAGGCAUGUGACUUGUCUUACACAGGGGGGUAUAAGACAAGUUUUUUCUAGGGCUGGUGUAAACAGUAGAUGAUCCUAUCUGAUAAGCAAGAAUAUAUUAUUCAGGCUCUUGUUUUACAAUGAAGCACUGAGAAUAGUCAAGCAUGUUGUCCCACUGACAGCUCUUGUUUUCAAGAAUAAUUAUUCUUUAUAUAAACUUGUAUUUUUUUUAAGUAUUCAAUAUUGUAUUAUUAGAGUAUUUUUGUGUUUAUAAAUAGUUUAUUAAGUUGUUGAAACAAAUCCCAUCAAAUAAAUGAUAAUGCUUCCACGAUAAUUUUGUGUAUAGUGAUGAAAUUUGUAUAUAUUUUUUUACUUGCAAAAGGUGAUGAUCUGUUUACAAUUCUUUAGAAAUGUUAAAGUACAUAUUUUUUAUAUAAUUUAGACAAAGAAAACACUAAUCUGUUUUCUACUGGUGUUUUUCUCAGCUGCCUAUAGCAAAGCACACAUAUUUGUUGUCACUUGCUGAUUACCACUUGUUUACUGUAAACUUUUUCUAAAUCAACAUUUCUCUCUCUCUUUUACAGCUGGUUGUAAAAACCAAUGUUAUGUCUGUAAACUAAUAUUUACAAUAUGUAAUAAUGUUAUUUACAUAUGUGAGGAGAUUUGUUACUCUGGCAUGACUAUUACUAGAAUUAUGUCUCCUUGAACUUAGAUUUUUUAGAAAAUAUUUUUUACUCUUACUUUUUUAUUUCUUAAAGGAUUUACUUCAGACUUAAUUUAUGCUUUAUAUCAACUCUUACAUCUUACAACUUGCUCAUGGUGAGCACCGUCUGUUGUUGUGCGUCGUCAACAAUUUAAACAACAUCUUCUCUGAAACCAAUGACUGCACAGUAAUCAAAAUUUACAGGAAUGAUCCUUAGGUGGUCCCCUCCCAAAGUUGUUCAAAUGGUUCUGGUCUAUUGCAUAUGUAGGUCACAAGGCCAGAAAAGGAGUUUAAAAAUGCAAACUUAAAAGUACAAGGCCCAUAGCUAUGAUAUUUGGUAUAUGAUAUCAUCUUUAGGUCCUCUAUCAAAGUUGUUUCAUAUUUUGUCCCUAGUGUCAAAACAUUAAUAACUUCUUGUCUGAAGGUACAAGGCUUAGUUCUUUAGGUAUUUGGUACAUAAUAUAAGCUAUAGGUCCUCUAUCAUAGUUGUUCAAAGUUUGCCCCUAUUGUUACAAUUGGCCCUUACACAAAUAAUAGGAUGUCUUCAGGUGAGUGCUUUGGGGUCAAUGGCAAAUACACUAUAAUCAUACAAUCACAUUACUGGAUGUAAAAGAGUUAAGAUGUCAACAUAAUAGGGUGGGUUCUUUUUUCCAUUUAUGAAUUACAUUGUAUGUAUAAUAUAUUAUUUAUAAGUCCAACUUAUGAGAAAUUCUUACAAAAGCAUUGGAAUUUUCUUUACUUUGAUGCUCUUGUUUCCAGUAUUGUAAACUUUUCGUCCUUUCAGUAUAACAAUUAUUGAUGUUUAAAUUGUUAAAUUUCGUAUUAAUGUGUAUGUAUAAAAAUAGAUUAUAUUUGAUAUUAAUUUGGUAACUUUUACCAGGCUUGAAUGUUUUCUGUAUAUUUCUGUUUACAAUAUUGUUUUUAAAGAUUGUAUAUUAAUUCUUAUCCAUUGAUUCCAUGUGAUACAUUUACCAUUUGUGGGAAUAAACUAUUUUUAGA